UCAUGAUACUGGUCAGAACCCAAUUUUCUAUAUGUUUAUCCCCCAAAUUUAUAACCACCCCAUCACCCAAAAUACAGAGUCUGGGGCAAACUAAAAUUUGAGUGCCCAAAACGUCACACAAACAACUCUGAACCUUCAACCAAAAUUCUUGGAUCUUAACACACCCCCAAAAGACAUGGGUUGUGUCUCCAUCUUCUGACUGGCAUAGCCAGCAGGUGGGUGUGUCUUUAAGACCAAGCCUAUACAAUCUAGAGGGGGUCCAAUAGAAUCUAUGUAAAAUCUUGAAUUGCAUAAGGCGAUCCCUUGCAUCUGUAGAUGCGGACUUGACAUUUGUAGAAUCCUAGCCCACACUCCCUCCUCCAAUACCAAAUUUAAAUCUUUCUCCCAUAAUCUCUUGAGAGAAGUUAAAGCUCCGUCCCCCAGACUCUGAAUUAGCAGGGAGUAAUACACUGAUGCCUCGUGACUUUUUCCAAAAGCAGUAAUCACCUCUCCCAGAGUAUCUGCUGCUUUAGGGGGGGAUGUGCUACUCCCAAAAACAAUACAGAGAAGGUGGCGCAGCUGUAAAUACCUAUAGAACUGAGAUCUGGGAAUCCCAAAACAUUUAACCAAAUCUUCAAAAGAUCUCAACACUCCUCUCAUACAGGUCACCGAGUGUAGUAACCCCCCUCACAAUCCACUCUGACCAGCAGAAAGGGGACUUAUUAAUACAUAAUUUAGGGUUCAGCCAUAUGCUUGAGGCAACAUUUAAAUAAAUGGGUGUUAUUUAAAAAAAUUAAACACUCUGGACACUUUUGUCCAUACCGAGUGCAAAUGCGAGAUAACAGGGUGUAACUUAACUUCUCCGAUUAGUUUGAUAGGCUUUGCAAUGGCAAAGGAGGGGCAAGAAUUUCCUGUUCAAUACAAAACCAGGGAGGGGCUCUUUCAGGUGGAAGCAACCAAUGAGCCAAAUGUCUGAGACCGAAUGCAUAAUAAUAAAACAAAAUCUUGGGUAGGCGUAGCCCACCUUUGUCAAUCGGCCUAUGUAACAUAUUAAAAUGCAAUCUAGGAUGCUUACCAUUCCAAAUGAAGGACUUUGCUGUGCUAUCAAAUUGCUUGAAAUAAGAGAGGGGGAAAUCUACAGGGAGAGAUUGUAGCAGGUAGUUGAACAUUAACCUUCCCGAUCAUAAAUAAAUGUAAUGAAGCCCACAUCACUCAAACCUUUUUAUUAAGGGGUCAAAAUUAACUCACACAAAUUUGCUGGGAAUAAAAUGCCCAAAUACUUAAUGCCCUGUUUGGGCCACUGGAAGGCGCCCGACUGGAAAGCCGUUACUGGGCAGUACGCUUUCAGAGCCGAAGCUUCGGAUUUAUACCGACUGACUUUGUAUCCCAAGAAAUUAGAAAAGGAAUUAAUAAUUCUAUGGAGGCAAGGCAUAGAUCUAAUGGGGUCAGAGAGGAACAGUGAAAUAUCAUCUGUGUAAAGCAAAAGCUUAUGCGCCACACCUCCCGCCAUCACCCCUGGAAAAUCAUCCUCCUUUCUUAUUGCGGCUGCUAAUGGUCCCAGGGCAAGACAGAACAAUAGUGGGGAAAGAGGGCAACCCUGCCGGGUGCCCCUAUCCAGAGAAAAUAAUCUGAAAUUAAUCCAUGUGUUUGUACCGCCGCUACCAGGUGUCUAUAAAGUAAUUUAAUCCAUCCAAUAAAAGUAUUCCCGAACUCAUAUAUUUCCAAAAUCUUAGAAAGUUAAUCCCAUUCUACCAUAUCAAACACCUUUUCGGCAUCAAGUGAGAUGGCCGUGACCGGAGUCUGAUCAUUCGCCACUGGGCUUGUGAUCCGGGCUUGUGUCAUGGUUGGUGAAAGCUUUCCAUUCUUUAAUGAUUCCGUAUAAACUUCUAACAUAAGUGGAGCCAAUUCUGUAGCAUAAGAUCUAAAAAAGUCAGCGGCAAAACCAUCUGGCCCCGCAGCCUUAAUUACCUCGCCAAGUUCCUCCAAAGUUAUCUCAGAAUCAAGAAAGUUAUUUUGCUCAUUCAGCAAUUUAGGAAGUUCUAAUGGUUCCACAAAGUUUCUAAUGUCUUCAUAAGUAGACGAAGACGUGGAACUAUAGAGAUCAAGAUAGAAUUCUAUAAAUAUUUCACCACCAGCAGAUUUCACUGAGGGAAUGGUACAAAAAGACUCUAUCUGCUUUAUAUAUCUAGCCAAAAGCUUCCCUGCUUUGUCCCCUGACUCAAAGUAUGACUGUCUUGCCCUGAAUUGCCAAAACUCCACCCUCCAUGACAAAAUUGUAUUAUAUUUGUAUUUCAGUCGGGUCAAUUCUCUUGAGGCCAUCAGAUGACAUUCGGAGCUUCAGCUCUUCCUCGGCACUUUUAAUAUUCCCUUCCAACUCCACAAGUUCUCGUGCUUUGUAUUUUUUGAUGAAUGAGGCAUACUGUAUGAUCCAACCCCUAAGAACUGCCUUAAGUGCCUCCCAAGCCACGCUCACAGAGGAUACUGAGGACCAGUUGGUCUCCAUAUAGACAUUGAUUUCAGCCUUUAGCAUUUGUUGGAAUUCAGGAUUUUGCAAAAGGGAUACAUUAAAGCGGCAACUAUAUGAUUUCCUUUUCUCCCUAUGUGGCGACACCUCUAAACUCACCAGGGCCUGAUCUGAGACUAAAAUGUUUCCAAUUAAGCAAUCAACAACAGAUGAAAUGAGGGACUUGGAUUUAAAAAAAUAAAAUAAAAUCUAGAAUAAAUCUUAUGAACUGAUGAAAAUAAAAUAUAUAUAGUCCCUACCAGAUGGGUUCAAAAGUCUCCAAAUAUCUGUAAGACCAAGAUUUUACACAUCCUGUGACACAUCAAUGUUGCUCAAGUGGGCUUACACACUUUUGCUUCACUAUGAUCAAGGACUGAGUCCAUCAAAUGAUUAAAGUCUCCUCCCAAUAUUAUAUCAUGAGGGGUGCCAGCGGUUUGCAGCAUCCCUUCAAGAUCUAUAAAAAAGCCCUGAUCAUCAGCGUUAGGUGCAUAAAUCUUAGCCAAAAUCAACCUUUGCCCCUGAAUUUCUGCUAAAACAAUAAUGACUUUUCCUAAUUUAUCUUUAAUCUGUUUGAGGCAUUUGAAUUGUGAUGUUUACUUAUCAAUGUAAUGACUCCCCUGCUCUUACUUGAGCCAGCACUUAAGAAAACAUGUCCACCCCAUAUCCUCCCAAAUUUUUCAGCUUCUUGAAGAAACACUAUAUGAUAUUUCUUAUGUUUAAGAAAAGAAAUAACCUUCCUUCUUUUUAUGUGGUGCCCCAACCCAUUCACAUUCCACGUGAAGAGAGACAAUCCACUCAUUUUAACAUUUGACAUAUUAGAAAAAAUAGAUUGUGUCAAAAACAAAAUUAUGAAGACCACAUUCCAACAUUACAGAAACAAACAAACCCCGAACUUCCCACAGUACAAAAAAAAUAAAACAGAAAUAAGAAAAAUGGGCGCAUUAACCCAGCGCAUGAGUUUCUUGCAUUCCUUGAAUUGAUCACGUUUCUCUCUUGUUGAAUUCACAAAGUCUGGGAAAAAUAAAGUGCUGUGGUUCUUCCAAGAAAGCCUUCUUUUACUCCUCGCCUCAUGUAACAAAAGAUCUUUAUCGGAUGAUCACAGAAAUUUGGCCAGAAUUGAUCGGGGCCUGUCUCCCUCAUCGGAUCUCCAAGCCGGAACUAUGUGAGCUUGCUCGAUUUCCAGCUUAUGGCCUGUUAUGUCGAGCAGACUCGGGAAGAGCUCAUCUAGGAAUUUCACCAUAUCUCUGCCGCCUUUGGUCUCAGGAAUUCCAACAAUUCGGACGUUGUUUUGCCGAUUACGAUUCUCCAUAUCUUCCAACUUUUCCCAAACGCGUUCCAAAUCCACCUUGGUUGCUAGCGGGUUAGCAGCUAAUUCCCUCUCCAAUGACUGCAGAUAAUCAAUCCGUUUCUCAACAUCCCCCAAUCUUGUAACCAACUCAGAGAAUUUUGUCUCCAUGGCAGUGAUCGAUCGACAUAUUACAGCAAGAUACUCCAAGUCAGCAAUGACCUUCGCCAGCACUGCCGACAUGCUUGACAGUUGACGCUGAAUCACUCCCGCUGCACCAUCCAAACUGAAUCCCUGGUCUGCGGCCCUGUCAGGGGUGUCAGCUUGAGCACGUAAGUGUCUUUUAAUGUCUCCAGAGGCCGAGGAUUUCGAAUUCUUUGAUAUAUUGUCUUCAUAGAACAGUUAUGGUACAGGGUGUAUCGAAUCUCACCGGUUAUGUCACAAAAAGAAUUAAAAACUAGCAAAGUGCGCAGAGCUCGCCGUUCACACGUCUGACCCUCGCAUGGCGCCACGCGACUCUCAAAACACUGUAUAUUUAAUAUUUUGCUUGUGUCUUUAACCUUUUACAUUUCUUAUUGCCAGGUAAUUGAUUUCAAAUCCCAGACAAUCCAGUGCUAUGAAUCGAUGGGUCAUAGACAUGAUGAUAUCUGCUACAUAUUGUUGUGUCAUUUCCAAAUGAUUGCUGCAACUUUGGUUUCAUCAUCAAACUGCUUUGAAGGCAUGUAUGCAUGUCUCAUGUGUGACUAAUUAACAGGAAGUACCUCAUGGAGGAGUACAAAGUCAAGAAAGGCUGCAUCUUGGAGGUUUCCAAAUGGACUAUCGGCCGAAUGAGAACCAAUGUAUGCAAAUUGUGUCCUUUUAUGCUAACUGUUGUACUUGUAAUUGUGUGUCUAGGCAAUUCCCAAACAGGUGAAUGGAAAUGACCGGUGUUUUUGCCAGUAAAUAUGCAGACUACAUUUCUCAAGGAAAGCCACUCACUUUCAGACAGCUUGCAGCUCAAGUUCUGGAGGACAAGGAUAUUGGUUUUGGUAUGGUAGAUUCACAUAAAGAUGCCAAGGUGGCCAAAAGGCUUGGUCUGGAGGAGGAGGGAAGCAUUUAUGUGUUUAAAGAUGAAAGAGUGAUCGAGUUCGAUGGAGAGCUUUCUGCAGAUACACUGAUCGAGUUCCUGCUGGAUCUGCUAGAGGACCCAGUGGAGUUGAUCAGUAACCCCAUGGAGCAACGUGCUUUUGAGCGAAUGGAUGAAGACAUACGCCUUAUCGGCUACUUCAAGGGCGAAGACUCCGAGCACUACAAAGCUUUCCAGGUGGCUGCAGAGAAGUUUCAACCAUAUGUCAAAUUUUUUGCCACAUAUGACAAAGGGGUGGCGAAACAGUUUACUCUAAAAAUGAAUGAAAUCGAUUUCUAUGAGCCCUUCAUGGAGGAGCCCAUUACCAUUCCUGGCAAACCCAAUUCUGAAGAGGAAAUAGUGGACUUUGUUAAUAAGCACAGGAGACCCACUCUGAGAAAGCUUCGUUCUGAGGACAUGUUUGAGACCUGGGAGGAUGACAUGGAUGGAAUCCACAUUGUUGCCUUUGCUGAGGAGGAAGAUCCAGAUGGUUAUGAAUUUUUGGAGAUUCUGAAGGAGGUGGCUAGGUACAAUACUAAAAACCCAGAUCUAAGCAUAGUGUGGAUUGAUCCUGAUGAAUUUCCUCUGUUAACUACCUACUGGGAGAAGACCUUUAAGGUGGACCUCUUCAGACCCCAGAUUGGUGUGGUGAAUGUGACCGAUGCUGACAGUGUGUGGUUGAAUAUGCCUAAUGAUGAAGCUCUACCCUCGGCUGAGGAGCUGAAGGACUGGAUGGAGGACGUACUUUCUGGAAAGGUCAACACUGAGGACGAUGAUGAUGACGAUGAUGAUGACGAUGAUGAUGAUGAUGAUGAUGAAAAAAGCAAAGAUGAUAGUAGCGAUGAAGACGACGAUGAUGACAAUUAAUGGCUAUACACAAAACUAAUCUAUAACCAUAGAAGACUAAUUUAGCUGUAACUCAGUCAGAACAAUCUUUGAUGAUUGUAUUGAUGUUAUCCAUUUUAAAGACUAUUUAGUCCCGAUCUAACUCAAUUUAUUUGAUAAAUGUCUAUAUUGCCAAUCAGAGACAUUUCAUAAUGCAAAACACAUAACGUGUAAUUACUUAAGAUUCUUUUUGCUGCUGAUUUUUUAUCAAAUUACUGUAACUGUAAUGGUGUCAUUGUUUUUUGGCUACAAGAAAAAGUGUAUUGAUUGGAGUUCUAUACUUGGCCUGUUCUGGAAAGACUACAGAUGUGUCAUUUUGUUCAAUAAAGAACACAAAAAAGGA